CUAAGUAAUCUCCAUGUUUCGGGCUGUCCACAGCUUCAUCCUACUGCCCAUUGCUGCAUCUUUCGUUGCCCGGCGACCACAGAAUCUCCGCAGCCAUCAGUCCAUCGCCCGCUGGCUCGCUCGCCGCGCGCCGAUGUUGGCAUCAUGGGCUCUGCUGAGUGACAGGAAGCCGCCAGAGGAUAGUCUGGAGAUCGUUCGCGAGCGCGAGACUGCCCGGCCGCUGAGCGAUGACGAGAUGCGUGUGUAUCUGAUACGGCACGGGCAGAGUGAGUACAACAAGUGGAGGCGGGAGAGCUUCACAAAGCUGAGGUGGCGGGACAUGAUCACAUACGACCCUGGUGUGUAAGGCAGCCAAUGGAUGGAAACUGCGGGCGCCUGGGUGCACUCUGCCUGCGUGUGUUUGUCGUGGGUGCCUGUCUGUCAGAGAUCUACGAUGCUCCGCUGACGGAGAGAGCCAGGGAUCAGAUCAGGAACCUCAGCCAAGUGGUAUGGUGGACACAAAUCACACACACCGUCGGCAUCACUGGCGUCAUGUCAUGUGGCCUCCAUCCGUCACUCACUGCCAUCUCGGUGUGUGUGACAGUUGAACGCGAGUCUCGAGGCCGGCCGUCUUGAGAUCGACGCCAUCUACUCCUCACCCCUGUCACGAUCCAUCGACACUGCUGCCAUGGUCAUCAAACAAACGUCAAGCAUACACACACUUCCUCCAUCUUGUCUUGUCUUGUCUUGUGUGUUAGUCAGGCCUUUGAGGGCAGCGACAAGCCGUUGCUGCUGCACCCCCUGCUGCGCGAGAAGUGCGAGACGACGGGCGACAUCGGUCUGCCCAGGAGUGAGCUGCAGCGGCGGCACCCCCAUUGGGACUUCACGCACUUCCACGAACACGAUGAGGAGUGGUGGUAGGCAGGAAGGCAAUCAUUGCCAUGGAUCCAUGCGCACGGCUCCUGUUUCUGUUGCCUGCCACGAUACUGCCUGCGGUAUGUCAGGCACAAAGGCGACCCAUCUGCGCCUCUGGCCUUCUUUCGAAAGAUCCCACACGAGCCAUCGACACUGCUGCACGAGUGAGUGAGCCCUGAGGGGUGCGAGGCGUGGCGAUCGGAUCCCUCAGGCACUACAGAGAGGCGUGCCGUCCACAGGGGUGUGUGUGGUGUGCAGGCGGACCGAGCGCUGGGCCAAUUUCCUAAGUGGCCGCUCCGAGAAGUCCAUCUGUGUGGUGGGGCACUCGAUGUUCUUCAAAAGAUGGACACGUGAGCACAGCAGCCAUUCCAAAGCAUGUUGUGUGGCUGGCACCCACUUAUUCCUUGUCGAGUCGACCCAUGCCACGCCACGCCAUGCCUUUGUCUGUUUGUGUCCCUCAGGUUCGUCCAAGAUGCGCAAUCUGGAGGUGCGUGCGUUCAUCUUCAACAAGGCCACGCGCAUACUCUCGUGAACUGAAUGCAAUGCAAUCAAUGCAUGCAUAUGAUCGGACGAACGGACUUUGGUGGAUGGGUGUGGUGGAUGGAUGGGUGGGUGUAUGUGCGGUGUUUGUCGGUGUCGCUGUACAGACAGACGUGUGCUUGCAUGGGUGUGGUGUGGUGUACAUCCAGCGAAUUGACCGCCCUGCGAUCUGUGCGCACGCUACACGUUCCACUCGGUCUCGUACAACAUACAUAAUGCAC